AUUCCACGUGAUAGUGUACAAAUAGCAUGAGUUUAGGGGUUUGAGGAGCACUUAUGGCAUUUUUUAUUAAAAGUUGUAUUAGCUUUUGAAAGUAGACAUAAUAAAUUAUUCCUCUUUUGAAUGAAAAGUUAAUUCAUAAGCAAUAAAAAACCUCUUUAGUUAAUUCAACAAACUGGUGGCUGAUGUUAGCAAACUUUACAUGACUAUUUCUGUGUAUCUGACACUACUGUGUCAGAUUUUAAACAUGCAGUAGUGACUCUUACACUCUUACACUAUGUUUUAGCAUCAAGUUUUUGAGGUGUCGUUUUUAGGGACUUAAGUGAAUAUUAGCCUUUAAAGCUCACUGGCUCAUUCAAUCACAGGCCCUGACAAGUAAACAAAUAAAACUAAUUUAAGCAUUACAGUAGCCGCUGCUCAGCAAAGUUACAUACGUUAGCUUUAAUAGUUAAUAAAUGAGUUUGCUUAGUUUUCAAAAUCAAUUAUUUGGCAUUAUUAAGAACUAAUUUUGGGUUGCCAGGUUGAGAAAAUCCCAUUAGCUGGUGUUUAAACCUUCUAUUUGGUAAUAAUUCCAACUAUUGUUCUUCCAGUAUUUCUGCAGCCCUUUUACAACCCUUUUUAAAGGGUGCCCAGCCAGAAAGUGGGCAUUUUACUGCAUUGAUUUGUAACAAGCAUUAUCAUUUUAAUGUCUUGUUUAAUGUGCACUUAAGUCUGUCAUCAGUGACGUAAACAACCAAACAGGACCACUGUAAAAAAAAAAAAAAAAAGUAAAGACACAACAGCAAGGCUGUGUGUCUUGAAAAAGCAUCGGUAAUACGUGUAGUGUGCUUUACCCAAAUAAAAGAGCAUAUAACGCAUAUUAUACUUUAAAUCCUGGUUAUUUGCAUAACAUCUGCACAGGCCUCACAUUUAAUAACAGAAAUGUUAAGCAGAGAAUGUCCAGUCUAUUACUAGCUCAGACUAAUAAAAUAAUACAGGACAUAACCUUUGGGCUGUUGUGGUGACUCAAGAUAGAAUACAUAAUAUUUAUAUAUCUUUGAAACAAACUGUAAAAAGUGGUAACAUUAUUCUUGUUUUUUUUUAGCUGGUAAAGGAUGUGAAACAUCAGCUGUGAACCAUAAUCAGGGCUCCAUUGUUUGUAUCCAAUAAUUCGUUCGGCGCUACAAACGGAUGCUGUUCUUAGUCUGAUGAAUAGCGUCGGUGGUCGUGUCUUCUGAGUGGAAUGAAUGAAAGUGAUCAUGUGCUGGACAGACGUCCCUCCCUGCAGGCCAGUGAAUAAGCAGUGAAGAAGGGAGCCAGUCAAACUGUCAUCGGCCUCAUAUUUGGCUGCUACGCUGUCUGCAAUUUAAUUGGCUCAUUGAUCAUGGGGAGAUAUAUUGUCCAGAUUGGUGCAAAGUUCAUGCUUGUGGCGGGUCUUUUUGUGUCUUCAGGCUGCACCAUCGUGUUCGGGUUACUCAACCGUGUUCCCGCAGGAGCCGCUUUCAUAAGUCUCUGCUUUAUCGUGAGGUCGAUAGACGCCUUCGGCUUCGCCGCAGCUAUGACAUCCACUUUUGCCAUGACAGGCAAAAUAUUUCCAAACAAUGUGGCAACUGUUUUGGGUAGUUUGGAGGUUUUCACAGGACUUGGUCUUAUUCUGGGGCCACCCCUCGGAGGGUUGCUCUACCAGUCAUUCGGAUACGAAGUCCCUUUUCUGCUUCUCGGAUGUUUACUACUGAUUAUGGUCCCUUUCAACAUAUACGUCUUGCCAAGCAUCGAAGCAGAACCCUCGAAGGAUUCCUUCUUUUUGCUUCUCACCAAAGGGAAAAUCAUCCUGAUCUGCUAUGUGAUAUUCACUCUCAGCGCAGGCCUGGGCUUCUUGGAUGCCACGUUGUCCCUGUUUGCCAUGGAGAAGUUUAACCUCUCAGCGGGCUACGUGGGACUCAUCCUUCUUGGUCUGUCGUUGCCCUACUGCCUGACAUCCCCGCUGUUUGGGUAUAUUACUGAUAAAUAUCCUUCCACCAGGCGUUGGUUCAUGGUGUCAGGAGGUACCGCCACAGCAUUUGGUUUCUUUAUGCUUGGCCCCGUCCCUUUCCUUCACAUCCAGAGUCAGCUGUGGUUGGUGGUCUUUAUGCUCUGUGUAAUUGGGUUUUCUCUGGGCAUGACUGCAAUCCCUACGUUCCCUGAGAUCAUCACAUGUGCAUAUGAACAAGGAUAUGAUGAGGGGCUAAGCACUCUUGGAAUGGUGUCUGGACUUUUUGGGGCAUUUUGGUCCUUGGGGAUGUUUUAUGGCCCAGUAGUGGGUGGCCUUAUCACGCAGCAUCUGAACUUUGAGUGGGCAGCUGCAGUCCAAGGAGGCGUGGCGUUAUUGGGUGCCUUUCUCAUUGCUGUGUAUUACCUGUGUCAUCCUCAACAACAACGACAAAGCGUUCGAAAAGACAGUCGACCGACCGAUGAAAGCUCUCCUCUCCUGACUGAAUGAAGCCCUCAGCCACAUGUGGAAGGACGCCAUACCGAACCAACUGCCAUCUCAAUGCGUCAGCCUCCAACUUACUAAGUGGUUUUUAAUGUUUUGUAAAUGAUACAUUUUUGGUGUUGCAGAGAUUGUAAUGCUUUUGUAUGGGUCAUGGAAAACUAUUAAAAACAAGCCUAAAAACAAAGCGGUACUUUAGUGUAUUUCAGAUUUUACACGAGAAUUUAAAUAAAUGAUUUAAUAUUGUGCAUGAUGAUACAUGAAUGUUGUAUGAAUGAAAGUAGUCAACCCCUGGAAAGUCCAUACUAACUGUGCCUUUUGGUCUGAAGUUCAGCUGUUAUCACAUGACCUGGAUUUCAUGUCGAAGUUACGCAAGCCGAGAGCUGCUGACCACAUUCAUGACAAUGACGCGAGCAUGUUAUAUAAUCUGUAUUAUUUAGGUCAUAGUGAACCUCGGUAUAAUUCAACAGGGAGCAUCGUGUCACAUUCACUGCAGUUGGUGAUUUUGUAUGUUGUGCCUUCUUUUCUGACUGAACAAUUUUACAAUUUUUGCACUGAUUGUAAAUAAAAACAGUAAAUAUGUGAAAGAAAAACAGACACCUGUGUGUUUAUCCACUCUAUCCAUACUAUGUCUGUGCACGCCAUGCAA